AUGUGCAUGGUCGAGGUGUGGUAUGCGGAUAAUAUACGGAGGGCGAGAGUUAGCGAGGACGUGGAAAAAGUAGGGAGGUCACAUGGGGGAUUCGGUGCCGGCCUUCUGCGACUGGACGUAGUUGCAGUUGCGGAUGAAGCAAGCGUUGUUCCGCGCGUAGAUGAGGGCCUUGUCCUUGAUAUCGUCAUAGUCAAAAAGGUCAUACCGGACCUGAAAGCCAUCAAGCAUGGCAUCAACGUUUUCAUCGUACCUCUGGCGACUGUCGAAAAAGUAAUCAUGGGCAUCAUAUAG